GCUAUAAUUGUUAUGACGGCCAUAGCUUUCUAUUUCAUUCUCUUCUCCAGUCUUUAUCCUUUCCACAGCUACUGGUCUGUAUCGGCCUCUCUGGUCUCCUCGAGCGAGAUACAGUUCUGUCAAAGGCAGAGCGCUUCUUAUGACCCGAUAUUAUCCAACGGAGAAGCGUGCAGUAAAAAGUUUCUGGUUGCUCUAGCAGUUAGGAAUGGACAGGGAGAGUCUGGCAGUAUCUAUGCUGAUAUAAAACAUGUUAAUAACAGAACCAGGUCUGGGAGCACAUUGAAAAGAGAGCAGUUGAGGAAACCGAUACGUAUCACUGUAACCAAAUCCGACGUACUCAUCAGAUACCCACUAAGAUACAUUGGUAGUGUCAAUAAUCAGCCAGCUGAAUAUUAUUUGUCCAUAACUAAUCAUUUCCUUGGGAUCGAUUACUGUGGCAAAAAGCCUCGCUGCAGCAGCCAUGGAGGCUAUUGCUGCUGGGCUACAAGAGACGAGAAGCUUUCAAGAGCCUGGGAAUACAAGAGAGGAGUAGGAAGUAAAGUUGGUCACUAUCAUUCUCAUAGAUACUCACAAGCAAUUUGCAUCACUUAUGACUCACUCAAUUACAAUGUAUUUGAAGUCCUCCAGCCAUAUAUCACUUAUACAAUUAAUGUAACAGUCCAAGAGUUGGACUACAAGAGAGAAAUAUUUGGAAGAGGAGGAGGGACAGAAGACGUAUGGAGGACGAUUGGGUAUGCUGAGAUAGGGCCCGACCGUAUUGGGCAGAAUACGAACCAGAAUCAAGUUGGAAAAUCGUCAGGAACCAAUAUCAAGGCAGUGUGGUUGGGCGAUUUCAAAUUGAAUAGCUACAUUGCAAAUUUUAAUAGUAAAUAUAUCUUAACACCGGACUGGAGGGCAGCUAGUAAUCCUCAGACUCUUAGAGAACACGCUCAAGUUCGAAAUGGUGCUAGUGAAUGGCUAGUUGUUGAUAGACAUUUGGUUGAUAUGAGUGGACGCACAUGUAACAAGAUUGGGACUAGAGCACCGGCAUUCAUAGCACAAACUAACAGAUGCUUUCAAGAACAAAACUCCUGUUUUAAAGUGACUCCAAGUAUUAUUUAUGCUGAAGCUAAAGCAUAUAAGAACAGAGAUGUCCCAACGCAUUACUUUCCGCCAUUCUACGGGGAUUUUCUAGGUCCCUACUCAUCAGAUGAAGAGAGACUCAGUGACGACACUGGACUACGUGAUUUCCAAUUGGUCUAUCGCUCAACUGACAUUCAUAAGAGCCUCAUCACACUAACAUUUACUGCUGAAGCUAUUUCAUUUGUUGAGAACAGGAGUACUGGCCGUAUAGUUGAGGCUCUAGUCAAUGAUUUUGUUGCAUUAAUUGAGAGUGGAAUAUUAACUGUUGUGAUACAAAACACUGGAGCAGUCACCGCUGAUUAUUCAGUAUCAAUAAAUCAAUGUACUGAUGGUAUAAUAAGAGUAUCUGAGAGGAUAAAGACUGUAGAUCCAAGGCAGCAGGUCACUUUUGAAUUUGAGUUGUCCUCUUCUCUCAACGUUGCCUUUAAUCAUUCCUGCAUAAUUGAGUUAACGGAUAAAGAUGGAAGUCUUCUUGAUGUGAGGGAUAUAAAGUUUCGUACUGAUGAAGGCUGCAUAUACUGUCCUGCAGGAGUUUGUUCAUGUGAUUGUGAAAUUGCUCCUACCAGCACUGAAACCGAAUCAACUGAUGAUUGCUCAAAUGAACAAUACUUGAACCCAUACUGGACUCCAGAGAUUAUUGUCAUAGAGCCGUGCUAUCACUGCUGGUUCACUGACCCCCUCACUCAUCCAGUCUAUGCUACCUUUAUUGCUGUUGUCCUUCUCCUUUGUCUUGGUAUGGGUAAGCUGCUGAUUACCAAUUGGCUCUGCAGGACUAAAGAUGGCAGACCCAUUGAUGUUGUGGGAAUCAUGCUUGGAACUGCUAGCAUAGAGCACACAAGGAGGAAGCAAAGGAGUGUCACUAUACAGUUUUUAUUGGGCGCUUGUUUCUUUGUGUACCUUCCACUCCUUCCGCUCAUGAUAAUCUUCUGUAACUGGAGGAGGCGACUUAUUGCAAAGAAGAGACUGAAAAAGAAAGCGGAUAGAAAGAGGAAGCGUCUAUUAAAAAGAAAGCAAGCAGCGUUAGAGGCUACUAAAGGUUUGAUGGUCCUUGGAGAAAAUGAUAACAUUACAAUGACUGAUGCUAUGAAAGCAAUGGAGAAACUAGGAAAAGGUCCAGCAAAACUUGUUGUCUCAUCAUCAAGUGAUUCUGAAAAGGAAUACUUUGAAUACUCUUCGUCCUCAGACGAAAGUAGUGAAGAAUUCAUAGUUUAUGAAGAAGACAGAAAAUGAAAAUCACAGGAUGCGCAUGUAGAAAUAAUAAUAAUGAACAUACAUGUGACUAAAAAUGUCUAUGCAAGUCAGAAUAAUUUUAUGUAAAGACUUAAUUUCACAUUUCAUGGCAAUGUCUUCAGUGACAUGUAGAUCUA